AUGGUGGUGUACGUGGAUGACAUCCUCAUCUUCUCACCCUCCUCUGACCUUGUGAAGGAGGUGAUGCUGAAGCUACAACAAGACAAAUUCAAGUGCAAGUCCCUUGGGGACGUGAACUUCUACCUCGGGCUCCACAUCGAACGAGACGUGGAGAAGCGGUGCAUGCGGGUGCACCAACGGAAGUACCUGGAGGCAUUGGCUGCCAACUUUGGGCAGAAUGAAGGCCAUGUGGCUACACCCUUUCCCUCUGGGUUCAAGUGUGUGAAGGGACCAGAGGAGGAGAGCGUGGGUGAAGAGGAGAGGCGCCGUUUUCACUCGUUGGUGGGCAGCCUCAUGUACGCGGCAGUCAACACUCGACCGGAUGUCGCGUUUGCUACCGGGCAGCUGGCUAGGGUGGUGCAAUGCCCUAAUGAGGAGCAGGUAGCAGCUGGAAUGAGGGUGGCCAAGUACCUUGGCCAAACACCGACCGUUGGGCUGCAAUACUCGGCGGCGGCACAAAGGCACCAAAGGGCGCGGAUGGUGUGGAACCCGGGCGUUUGUUCCUCACCGCAUUCUCGGAUGCCUCCUAUGCAUCAGAACCAGAGGACAUGA